GCUGCAUGGAACGCAGCACACUUUAAUUUCGACCAGAGGCAAGAUGCGCAGAGAACCCAUCGUCUUGGACGUGGGCGGUACCCUCUUCAAGACGUCGAGAACCACACUGCUCUCGGUGGUUGGCUCGUGCUUCGACGCCAUCUCGUCCGGCUCGUGGCAACCCGAGAACGAUGGAACCUACUUUUUGGACGUGGAUCCGACGUACUUUGGCCGUGUGCUCAACCACCUCCGCUGCGAAGCAUCCCUGUACGCUGGUCUCCAGCCAUGGGAAACGACGGAAGUCGACAGACUCCGCACAUCCCUGAGUCUCGACAGUGCUGGGGUGACGCCUACGCCCUCGUGGGAUCCUCCGAGUUGCGACGCGGGUCUUUUGGUCUCGAGUACGCAGAUUUCGACACACAGUGCCAGUAAGUCUAUGGGCUUUGCACGGACAAGUCGCCCCUUCGACCAGUUCUGUGUGCGUUUGAUAGCACGCGGCGGCGGGAGCUACGUGGCCCUGGGCUUUGGAGCGAUCAGCGACUUUGGUGUGCGCCGUGUUGUGAUCCAGUACUGCAUGUUUGCGACUUGUAUCGACGUUUUGCGCAUCAAGCGAGCGGGGAGUGUCACGGACAAGGAUAUCUUCCCGCAUAACGUUGACCUUCUCGUGACUUGGCACCGCCAGAGUCAUACGCUGACGAUCACGUGUGAAGCUGCGGCCGUCAACUUUUCCAAAAUAUUUCCCGAGAGCUAUGGACACGAGCUGUAUCCAAUUGUGGGGCUCGAGCCUGGAAGCAGCUCGCUUGGUCACUGCAUGUACGACUGGCCAAUCGAUGCGUAUCUCAGCAUUGAUGCUCGCUUGGUGCCAACGCUGGGGUCCGUUCCGUAG